CCACUUCUGCAGUCAUCAUUUUUAUGGGGAUACGUUUUCUCAUCCAUGGUUGGAGGAGCUUUGGCAGACCGAUAUGGCGGGAAGAAGGUGAUGGCAGGUGCUGCUGCACUCUGGUCCUUGGCCACUUCCCUCACUCCUUGGGCUGCCUCCCACUCCACCAUCAUGUUGCUUGCUGUGCGUGCACUAUUUGGCCUUGCAGAAGAUGUCGCAUUUCCAACAAUGAACACCUUUUUACCUAAGUGGUUCCCAACACAUGAACGUGCCACUGCUGUCGGCAUUUCCAUGGGAGGAUUCCAUCUUGGAAACGUCAUAAGCUUCCUAGCAACACCAAUCAUCAUGUCACACAUAGGCCUCGCCGGAACAUUUGCCUUCUUCGCAUCGCUUGGUUACUUGUGGAUCUCUGUAUGGCUGUUCAAUGUAGAAAGUGAUCCUCUUGACAGCCGUACCAUAAGAAAAUCUGAGCUGCAAUUAAUUCUAGCUGGAAGAACCGGAUCCAAAGUCCAAGGCAGCAAAUUCCCAUCCCUAAUGGAAUUGUUGUCGAUCGAAUUCUUGGCCAUCAUUGUAGCCAAUGUGGUCAACAACUGGGGCUGUUUUGUCUUACUGUCUUGGAUGCCUGUGUACUUCAAAACGGUUUAUAAUGCCAAUUUAAAACAAGCGGCGUGGUUCAGUGCCAUACCUUGGGCAGUAAUGGCUCUAUCCGGCUAUGUCGCAGGAGCUUCCGCAGAUUUUCUGAUUAAAUCUGGUUUCUCUAUUGCACUAGUUCGGAAAAUUAUGCAGUCCAUUGGUUUUAUUGGGCCCGGUGUGUCACUGCUAUGCUUGAAAUUUGCACAAAAUCCAUCAUUUUCUGUGGUUCUCAUGACCAUCGCCCUGAGCUUGAGUUCCUUCAGUCAAGCUGGAUACUUCUGUAAUGUACAGGACAUUGCUCCCAAAUACGCUGGAUCUCUACAAGGACUGACGAACGGCAUCGGGACAGUGGCUGCCAUAGUUAGCACCAUCGGAACCGGUUACUUCGUCCAGUGGCUGGGAUCCUUCCAGGCCUUCCUCACCCUCACGGCCGCUCUGUACUUCAGCGCCACCGUCAUCUACAACACUUACGCCAUAGGCGACCUGAUUCUUGACUGA